AUGGCUAUCAGCCAACCAUCAGUGAGCCGAUGUAUCCAUGAAGUCAUUGACAUUCUAAACCAACCUGAUGUCUUCAACGAGUGGGUUCACUUUCCACGAAAUCUGGGAGAACUGGAAGAAGUUCGUUGGGACUUUUACGAAAAUUUUCGAUUUCCUGGGGUCAUUGGGUGCAUCGAUGCACACACGUGGCAACGUGCACAUGCUCCACCCAAACAUGACGUGGAAUACUUAUAUGUGAACCGGAAGGGUUAUCACUCGUUAAACGUGCAGUUGAUCUGUGAUGCUAAUUAUCGUAUUCUCAAUGCGAAUGCGAGGUAUCCAGGACGAUCUCACGAUAGUUUUAUAUGGAACAAUUGUGAAGUACUCCCAUUGAUGCGUAGACUUCAUGCAACUGAACGUGAUGAUUUCUUCUUGCUCGGGGAUUCUGGGAACGGUCUACGUCCUUGGCUAAUGACACCAAUGCUCGAUGCUGCUCCUGACUCACCAGAAGAGCGAUAUACUCGUCAAGUAACUCAUACUCGCUCACUGUUUGAACGAGUUAACUCUGUUCUCAAGAUGCGGUUUCGAUGCUUACAAAAGGGUCGAGCCCUUCACUAUGAUCCAGUAGUAGCAGCAAAGAUAACAAAUGCAUGUAUCGUUUUACACAAUAUUUGCAUUGCAAAUCAUAUCCUACCUCCACCGAUGAUCCAAGAAAGCGAAGAUAUAGAUUUCGGCAUCCACAGACAGUUCCUGAAGACGGGGAUGCACCUGUUAUAA